CGGCACUUGAUUGAAUUCCAUUUUCCCUGGAACACCUAAAAUAAUGGUGAUUCGUCAAAUUUGACAUCCACGAAUAAAUAUUUGCAUUAAUUAGUCCUUAACUAAUUUCGAAAUGAGGUUCAAAAUUUGGUUGAUUUGUAUUUUGUUAUCUGUAACCUAUCUGGGACUCACAUUUGCAGGGAAGACAACGCCAAAGAUUGGUAUUAUUGGUGGUGGAAUUGGAGGAGCAUCCGUUGCGUAUUUUAUACAUGAACUGCUACCAAAUGCCCGUGUUGAUAUCUUUGAAAAAACAGGCUUGCUUGGAGGACGUUUAAACGUGUCAAUGAUCCUUGGGAAUGGAUACGAAACUGGUGGCAGCAUAAUUCACCCCAAAAACAAAUACGCAGUGGACUUGGCUAACAAAUUUGGAUUAGAACCAAGAAGUCCCACUGGAGAGGCUUUGUCAAUAACUAAGGAUGGCGAAUUCAUCUUUAAUACCAGCAAAUGGACCAUCAUUACAAUUAUUAAGACGUUGGCUCGAUAUGGGCUGAAUUUUAAUUAUCUGGAAGCAACAAUUUCAGGUUUUAUUGAAAAAUUUAGCCGAAUUUAUGACUUCCAAAAGGACGGAAAAACAUUCAGGACAACCGAAGAAAUGUUGGAAGCAAUGGAUCCAAUGUUACUCAACUUGACAAAAUAUGAGUUCAAGGGAAUUCUACAAGAACAGGGACUAUCUGAAAAUUUCAUUGAAGAAAUGAUUCAGGCAAUAACUUUUGUAAAUUAUGGCCAAGAUUUGAGUAUUCAUUCUUUCGUUGGAAGUGUAGCAGCUGCCGGAGCAGCGUCUUCAUUAUGGAGUGUGAAUAAAGGAAAUAAGCAAAUUCCAGAAAAGCUUGCUGAAGAUUCUAAAGCUAAAGUGCAUCUGAACACGGGAGUGACAGAAAUUCAACGAUUAAGUGAUGGGACUUUCCUCCUCUUUAAUGGAAAGCGAGAACUGGGAGUUUUUGACCACAUUGUUCUCGCAAUUCCUUUGGACGCUUCAGAGAAAUUAACCUUUACAGGUUUUACAUCCCCACCUUAUGAUUAUCCAGCAUCUCGCAAAUACCAUCGAACAGUUGCCACACUUGUUGCUGGAUGGACUAAUGACAAAUACAAGUUUCGUUCCUCCAUCAUAUCCUGCGUCCCAAAUUGGUACAAUUCAAUUUCCCUUAUUCACCCCACUAUUCUACUCGUCGCUGAAAAAUACCCAGUCUACAAGAUUUUUAGUCCAAAGCCACUAACUGAAAAACAAUUGGACUCGAUAUUUGAGGAACGUCACCAUGUCGAAGUCCAUGAUUGGUUGGCUUAUCCAGAAUACAAUGCUAUUCCACCAAAAAUUCCCAACUUUAUUUUAGCUCCACGACUUUUCUACUUGAAUGCCAUUGAAUGGGCUGCUAGUGCAAUGGAAAUGAGCUUGAUCUCAGGCAAAAAUAUUGCUUUGCUCAUUGCUCAAGAACAAAAUGAAAUAUAGUUUAAUAGCUUUAUAAAAUCUUGUCAUGUUUUGUGUGAAAUUAUGUAUGUAGAAAUCAUUCUGUACUUCCGUAGUUGAUGACAUUAAUAUUUUGAAGAUUAUUUGUGCCUUGUAUUUGAAGUAAUAAUGCUACAAAGUAAUUUGAUAUUAUUCGCAAUCUGAUUAAGUGAUUGUGAAUACCCUUAAUAAUGUAACCUUCGUAUUCAAACAUACUAUAUUCUGCUUCCAAGCUAAUGCAAUGUCUUGCUACAUUCCAAAAAUGCUAAAUUGUACCGUACAAUCGGAUAAUUGUUGAUUGUCAAGUCAUUCGAACUUUGCACUCUGAAUUUAAAUAAACGUAUGAAACCGAUUAA